CAUGAAAGCUUCAGGGUUCAAGAAGCUGCUGGGGACCCCUUAAAGCGCUAAGACGCCGCGGAGGAUUAGGAGAGCCGCAAGAUCUGCACUGAUGGUGAGUAAAAUGUGCAGAGGGUUCCGUGGUACGUGUUAUCGAUGGUCGUGGUACGCAAGCAGACACGUCGUGGAAAACUCGUCGUAGUGUUGCAGAGUGUGACGUACGGUGGUGCGAUCUUGCGGCCCGAUAAAUCCCAACGCUCAGGUGUAAGACCAGUCCAUCAGAUUCUUAGACACUCCCUGAUGAGGAGCGGAUAUGGAGAUGCUUGCAGCCUCGAGUUGUUGGGAAUGGAGAUAAUGCUCCCAUCUCCGUUGCGUCUUGCCGAGAAACAGGACGGCCAUUACGACUGUACCGACUGCCGGAUUCGACAAGCGCCUUACGAACCUUGUUGUGCGCUAUCUGCACCACCUGCUUAUGCCUGCCGGCGCGGAUCAUCCUUCGAGCUCGCAUCUCGUCGCUUUUCCCAAGACGUCAUGUUCAAGAUCGAUGGCGCGAGUUCAGGACAGUUGAUGGGCGAGCGCAGUACAGUGCGUGGCAUUCACAGCGCGUUGAGGGUUCGAUAGUUAAAGAUGUUCGUACUCAUCUCGAAGAUUUUUGGCCCACCUUCAACAGAACAUGAGGGCCGGCUUCCGCUGCAUUGCUCCCUCGGGCCGCAUCUCACAUUGUCGUCGAGAAAUAAUCACCUCCGCCACGGAUGUCUACACCCGUCGACGCAAAAACACUUCGCGCGUUUAACGCUCAUUUCAUGUCGAGAAUCUUCACCACCUCACUACCAUGCCCAAUCACUGUUCCCGGACCUCGCCUGUCUGUAACU